GAAAUGUAAACUGCGUCAUCUUGAGACUGCUGUUUACGUUCUGGUCCACCAGAUGUCCCCAGUGCAUUUUAUUUUACCAACCGUCAGUCAGAAAACAGUCAAACGAAGAAGACGCAGAUUGACAACAAACGCACAGGAGUGUCCACAUAAAAAUGAAUAUGCAUAUCCUGUCUUCAUUCAACUCCUCGCAUCACGGAUCCUUUCUGCUGAUCCGUUCUGGCCGUUCCAGCUGGCUCAGAACCCUAAGCGGCAGAGCUCAGAUCAGCGCCAGCCUUCGAGAGAGUUACCGGCUGCUACAGCUGCCCGAAGGUGAGCCCAUCAGUCCUGAGCGGGCGAAGGAGUCAUACCUACGCCUCGCCAAACUCUACCACCCGGAUUCCGGCGCACCUACAGCAGAUGCAGCAGUCUUUGCCCGAGUGGAAGAAGCCUACCGUUCCGUGCUUGCACACCGCACCAGUACCCAGAGUCGGGAUGCGGCGCGGGACGAGGAUGAAGACCCGUUGUCGGGUGUGGCCCCUCAGCAUCGGCACUACCUCAGCUACGAGGGCGUGGGCUCGGGAACCCCUAGUCAACGCGAGCGCCAGUACCGCCAUUUCCGUGCCGAUAGGGCCGCCGAACAAGUUCUGGACUACCGGCAGAAGGCGCAGGAAAGGGCGGCGGCGGGCGAGGGUGCACUUGUGGAGCGGGACGUGCGGCAACGCAGCAGAGGUAUCAAAAUCACGCAAGCGGUGGAGCGGUUGGUGGAGGACCUGAUCCAGGAAUCCAUGGCUAGGGGGGACUUCCGCAACCUGAGCGGUGCCGGAAAGCCGCUCAACAAGUUCCAGCACAACCCCUACGCCGACCCCAUGACGCACAACCUCAAUCGCAUCCUCCUGGACAAUGGCUACCAACCGCCUUGGGUGCUCACGCAGCGUGACAUCCGCGAAACCGCCAAUCGUCUCCGCGCCAACUUGCUGGACGGUCGAGCCGGACUGGGUGAACCCCUCGGUCCGGCGGAGCACCUCCGCUGGGAUGAGCUGUGCGCCCAUGCCGGGGAGGAGCUAGCAAACCUCAACAAGAAGGUGGACAGCUACAACCUUAUCGUGCCCAUGCUAAAGAUGCAAAUGGUGCACUUCAACCUGGAGCGGGAGGUGCGGCGUGCGGAGGAGGCGGCAGGACGGCGUGUACUUGAGCAGCGACGGAAGAGGAAGGAGGAGAAGAAGAGGGUCAAUGCUGCUAACGUUGCCGCUAGGUCUGUUAGCGCGAAGCGAGGACUCGCGUCGUGGUUGCAAAGUUGGCUCAAAUAAAAGACGUGAAACCGUCGUUUCUUCUUGACAGCACAGAAAAACAGAUGUACGACAACAAAACAAUCAUACAAUAUUCAAUAUCAAAUGUGGUGCAUCACUUUAAAAGUUUUUGUGGCUCUCAGUGUUCUUUUCUAUGAGAAAUGGAUGCAAAUGCAUACGUGAGUGCUCAUGGGUUAAAGUUCUCCGUCGUAGUGACUGAAAUUCAUCAGCAGGGGGUGCUGUUGAGUAGGAAUGCAUAAGGGAAUAGUGGCCCAUGAUUAAAAUUUAACAAGCAUAGUGAUAGUGUUUUAAUCCUGUCUUGUCAUGUUUUUUGUACGAUAGGUUUGUGCAUUUGCAACGCUCUGCUGGGUUUUAACUUCUAAUUUCUGAUUGAUUAGUCUAUUAUUAUAACAGUUGCAAUUGGUCUGCAACAGCACUUUUUCUUGUUUAUUACUGCCUAUGUUAUUGACGUAUUGUAUUUUUAUUCUGAAAACUUCAUGAUGAAUGUCCAGUUAUAUGGAAAUAGAUUGAUUUACAUUAACUGAAUGAGGCACAUCGACAGUAUUGUCCCUACAAUGUUUAGUUUUGGCAAUGUUAAAAAGUUUCAGCCAUAAUUUUUUUGUCACUUUAUUUCCAUGAGUGCCUAAAUUUAAUUUAGCUUUAAGAAUACUAAAUAUAAUACAUUUUAUAUAUAGAGUGCUAUUACAGAAGCAAUUUGAUGCUUUACAGUUAAAGAAAAGCAGCAAACAACGUGAGCAGAAAAAACAAUCGACAAAAAAAAUUAUAAUUUAAAGCAACCACUUGGUAACUUUUCAGUUUUGGUCGAUUUUAGCAACGAUGGUAGACAAAAGCAGUUAUGUUUUGCCUUAAAGAAGACUGCGUUUCCCAUGAGGACCAGUACACACCCGCACAGUGUCGUAAAAUCAAUCAAAAUUCAAUCUCGCCUGCAGAUGAAUUAAACAUUUCUGUGUCCAGCGGCUGUGUGAAGAUGAAUAAUAAUAAGGUAAUGAAUUCAGUUGUGGCUAAACAAUGGCAUAUGACGUUUAGCAACCGUGUGGCUACGCUGACGAGUUCGGUUGAGGGGUACCAGGUCACGUUGAAUAAGGCACAACUGGAAUGGAAAAGUUAACUUGACAGAGUAGGCAUUAACAUGGCAUAAAAACGAAUUAGCGCUUUUUUCUUUACAAAAACAUUUUCUAAAAUUUAAUUUGAGGUCGAAAAUGAUGAUUAUGAUAGUUUAUAAAUGUGCCGUGGCAAAUAGGUAAGACAUGGUUGCGUUGUAGCCAUAUUAUUGUUUGUUAUUGCUGUUGAGCUGCCGCUGUGCAAAGUGCUGUUGGAUAUUCGAGUGCAAUUUAUUUGAGGGUUUUGAAAAGUGGGUGUUGGAGGCUUGUUGGACCUUUUAGAUUUCAAAUGUGUUUGUGUAUCGUUGCGCCGUCUAGCUGCGGGGAUUCACGUUGUUAUACACGGGUGUUUUAAUUUCCAGUGCAAAAACUCAAACACACACUGUACUGUAGGUGCAAUAGAAUACUGGCUUUGUAGUAGCCUAAGAGUACUGUAGUACGGAAACUGUCCAGCAUGCAUGUGUACUGCCAUUGUGCACGCUUUACAUGGAGAAAAGACGCGAGCAUAACAAUUUAGGACCGAAACAGCUGUUUUUUGAUGGGGCAAAACAUUGUAAGAUCCUCAGCACCCCCUGCUGUGAGAGACUUCCAGCGCCCCUGGUGGUAGAUAUCGAAUCUUUAACUGGCAGUGAAUUACAGUGGUACCUCUACGUACGAUCGCUUCGACACACGAACUUUUCUACAUCCGACGUAAAAUUUGACUCGCCAUUUGUUUCUACAUCCGACGACAUGCUCGAAAUACCACGACAAUGGCAGCACCGCAGACGAAUGCACGGCGGAUUUUCUUGUGUGACAAAUCAACACAGGUUUCAGAAAAGGUUGGUACAGGUGGUGAAACAAGGAAAAAGUUGACGCUUACCUUCUAAAUGAAGAUGCAAAUGACAGAAAAAUAUGAGCGUAGGGUGGGCAUCCGUGAAAUGGCUCAACAAUACAUCUCCACGGUCCUCCUCCGACCAUCGUUCGCCAGUCUUUAUAAGUUAAGCUGACAAUUCUUAUUGUGGUAACAUCUCCAAAGAAAUCGCCAGCUUCGCCACGUUUUCAUCAUUUCUUUCACAACUUAUUCAACACAAAACGCCUGCUGUCUGCCGCAAUUGACGAUGUUCUCAAGAAAGCAUUGAAAGCGAAAGUAAACUGUCACCCGCUCCGCUCCCUCUUUGUCACGUCAGCCCCGCGGUGCCUUCAGGUACAGAAAAAAACGUCCGCCUUAUUAGAACCCGUUUCGUUACACUGUUACAGGAAUUAUUAUAUUAUUAAUCCGAUUUUAUUUAUUAUUUAUUUGUUUUGCUAUAUGUAAUUGCCAUUUGUAAUAGUAUCAGGAGUAUUUUUUAAGGAUUUAGUGCAGGUUUUUGGGCUGUGGAACGAAUUAAUGGAAUUAUAAUGUAUUCCUAUGGGAAAAUCCUGCUCGACAUACGACCAUUUCGAUUUACAAACAAGGUCCUGGAACGGAUGAACUUCGUAUGUAGAGGUACCACUGUAUUUUCUUUCUAUGACAUCGACGGUGAUAGAUGUCCAAUCAAUUUAAUGAAUGCUGGCAACUCCUUCCAGUUUAAAACGAUAGGAUGUCUAUCAUUGUUAUUGGGGUUGCAAAAAAACGAUUAAUGUGAUGGUUGAAAUAAUCAGAUUUUUUUUUUUUUUUUUGCGAUUAAGCAGCUAAUCAGCUCAUAAAUCAUGUGAUUCAUUAUUAUUUUAUUCCGGGUGCAAUAUAUUUUACAAAUAUGCAUUGGAACCAAGAACUAUGAGCUAAGAAAAGUUGGAUGAUGAGUAUUA